AGAUAUAGUCCCGUAAUAUAAUUAUCUAUCACGUUUUACUGAUUCAGUUAGCAGUCAGCCUUAGUCGCGCGUUCUCGUUUACGUAACUUCUAACCGGCGUUUAGUGUAAAUAUUUACAAUGCAGCUCUGUAUUAUUUUGAUUGUGACCGGUUGCGCUAUUAUCAAUGCUUCACCUAACAAUAUGCCUAAGUUAAGCGCUAUAAAGUUUCCGGAGCACAUUGACGAUGAUGUACCAGAACCAUGCAGAAAUCUUACCUAUUGCACGAUCCCACCGAAAAAUUAUCCAUUUAAGGAGUUCAAUGAGAUGUUUAAAUUUUAUAAACCCGCCCCACAACCAAAGCUAGUGUUAUCGCCAGUUAAUUUUAAUACUCGAGGAGAAUUUGAUGACGAUUGCGAAACAAAAAUAUCUUAUGACCCCCUGUAUACGGUACGUGAAAAGCGUUCAAAUAAAUGGCGCAAUGUCAUACAGGCGCCUGAACACGAUUAUAUACAGAGUGUUCGCUUGGAGACUUGCCUAAAUACGGAAGCAUCAUGUUUCAGACAUCUAGAGGAAUUACAGGACUCCUACUCAACCUUUUGCGCUCAAAAGUACAAUGUUUGGAAGGUGUUGGUGGAAAGACCGGGACAUGCAACAGAGGAGAUCGAGGCAGUGUUGCCGGUGUGCUGCUCUUGUCACUAUAAAUCGAAGGAUUUAGUGUAGCCUUUAUAGGCAAAAAUAUCAUUGACAAUAAACACUUUGCGUUUUCGAAUGUAAGAGUCUGAGGAAGGAGCAGUUUUCUUUGGAUUGGCAUUGGGAUUGCUAAUUCGACAUCACUGCUAUGUUAUUAUAGUUAUUUUAGUAGUUAUUAAAAAUGAUUCUAUAUAACUUUUGUGAAUAAAUGUCGCUUAGCUUAGUCCUAUUCCCCAUAACUUCCACCCUCUUUCUGCACAACUGUUAAUCGAAUUUGUAUAGGAAUACCACGUGACGAAGUCUCAGCUAAUGACUAUACAAAAUAAAUGAACAUGAAUACGAUAAUGUUAGUUUUUGAUAGCUUGAUUUUCAUACAAUUUGAAUAACAGACAGUGAACGAUCAGUAUGCGGUUCCAAAUACACAAAGCGCUUCUUAAAUAUUCCCUACAAAACUAUCGUCUUAGUAAUUAUUAAUGAUGGAAUUCUACAUAGUCUUUACUAUUAUAUGGUUCUUGCUAAUGGGUGAAACCUUUCGCAAAAUAUUUUGUCUAUAGGCAGGAAAUACCAAUAGCAAAUAAUCAUCAUCAUCUUAUGGGCCUUAGCCUCUUCACACGUCACCAUCGCAAUCUAUCCAGUGCCUCCCGCAACCAAUUGCGAACCCCUAUUGUUUCGAAGUCCUUGACAACUUCAUCCCACCAGCGCAACCUCGGUCUAUCAGUUUUUCUCUUGCCCCCGGUUUGUAAGGACUUUUGGGUUCUGUCGUUCGCCGUUCAGUGCACAUGUGCCACACACUUGAACCUGUUGCACUUUAUUAGACGAUGUUGGCGUCGUCUAGGAUGUUAUUAAGUUCUUCAUUUUUAAUUUUACAUUCCGCAGAUAAAAUUAUAUUUUAUCUAUAAUUAUAAUUAUAUUUUAAAAUUACGUAAUCACCUAGCUGAUUAUGCACCCACGCAAUUAUAUAAGGCAUUUGGUGCUUAAUGUGUUUAGAAAUUGUUAAUUAUAAGGUUCCAACGUAAAUGGAAAAUUAAAACUAGUCAAAUUUGUUUUACAAUAAAUAUUAAAAACUGAUUAUUUAUUUAUUUUAAAUCUAAGUUUGCACCUAGUAGCCAUGAUUUGAGAUGAGACAAUUGCCUAAAAUGGAGAUGAAAUCCAAUCUAAAACACGCCCAUUGGGAGUUCAUAUAAAACUAUCGUUAUUCAUGGAAUGACUAUUCUGUUUUAUUGUUAUAUUAU